AUGACUUGGUCGGACUUUUCGGACACCACCAGCGAGGACUGGCGAAAGUGCCAGGUUCCGGGCUGCCACAAGAAGCACACCGGCCACACUCAGCACAAUAAGCGGAAGGUGUACUCCGACUUCUGCUUUCGACAUACCUGCUGGGUGACCUACCCGGAAGAGGAGGGCAAGGGCUACUACUGCAGUAUCCCCAAGGGCUCCGAUGACCGGUACUGCGCAUUCCACAUGAAAUGCGGCGAAGACGACUGCGCUAGGACCGGCGAGUGGCCCGGCGCGCACGACUACGCCCGCUGGUUCUGCCGCGAGCACCGCUGCACCUAUCCGGACUGCCGGCUCCGCGCGACGGAUCGCCAACAACAGCGCUGCGCCGCCCACCUCGUCAAGUGCGCCGUCCCCGCCUGCGCCCGCCCGGCCUACCAGCACCGCGACGGCGCGCUCGACACCAUGUGCGCGGCCCACUACGGCACGCAGCGCUGCCUCUGGCCCAACUGCGCCCGCCGCGCCUCGUCGCGCUACUGCUCCGCCCACGGCUGCCGCCGCCCCGGCUGCGACCGCCCCCGCGCCCGCGCCGUCCCCGAUACCCCCGCUUCCCCCGCUGCCGCCGACGGUAAUAACGGCGCCAACGACUCCCCGUACCUCUACUGCCUCGCGCACACGUGCAAGACGGCCGGGUGCCGCGCCGGAGCGCGCCUCGAGGACGUCCACUGCGAGCGCCACGCGCGCGCGAGAGAGAGGCGCCGGCCCGUCUCGCUCGGCGUGGACCCGCUCGGCCUCGGGUUCGGCUGGGAGGAGCAGGAGCAGGAGCAGGACGAGGAGGAGGAGGAAAGGGAGGACCGCCGUGGCGGCCGGUACGAGCCCCCGACGGCGGCGGCGGCGGCGCGGGGAGGGGACGAGUGGCAGCGCGAGCGGGAGUGGAAGCGGCUGAGCGACGACCUCGAGAGGAUCAGGCGGCGCCAGCGCGAGCUCGCGGCCGAGCGCGCCAGGGUCGAGCGCGCCAGGGAGGAGCGCGAGAAGGCCGAGCGAUUCUAUGCCCGGUAUAUGGCGGGGUCUAGCUAG